AUGACGGUGGGUCCGCCGGAGCCUUCCGUGCUCUUCGCCCAGACUUUUGUUCACCCAACUCUCGAUGAGUACGUCGACGAGGUUUUAUUUGCAGAGCCUGUAGUUAUCAAUGCAUGUGAAAUUCUGGAACAGAACUCUUCAUCAAUGUGUUCUGCAGUUAAACUUUCAGGGGCCUCCUCUCCUCCUUCCUUUGCUCUAGAGGUUUUUGUCCAGUGUGAAGGAGAGUCCAGGUUCAGGCGGCUAUGUCAGCCAUUCUUAUAUUCACAUUCUUCAUCAAAUGUGCUUGAAGUUGAGGCUAUGGUAACCAGUCAUUUGGUGAUAAGAGGUAGCUAUCGUAGCCUGAGCUUGGUGAUAUACGGGAACACGGCUGAAGAUUUAGGCCAGUUUAACAUAGAAGUUGACUUGGAUAACUCACUAGCACAUACUGUCACUGAAACCGAGGGUGACCUUGAAGACCUGCCUCCUGCACUCCGUCUUAAUAAUUUGACAAUUGAGGAAUCUCUAUCUUCUUUGAGGAAGUUAUCGCUCAAAGUCGUUCAAUCCGAUAUUCCUGUGGAAGUCAGGCAGUUCCUACAACUAAUGUUUAACAUUUUGGAGUCUCGCAAUCGUGCUAUUCCCUUUGAUAAAGUAAUCAGUUCACUGUUAUCUGUAGCCUUGGUACAAACAGAUCCUCAUCUGUAUUCCACGAUUAUCAAUCAGAAACAUUUUGAGAUGGAAAAGUUUAAAAAGACUGGGGACUUCGACCAUGUAAUAAAUGAAGCAAAAAAGGAACUUUUGGAUGUGUAUAAAAACUAUCAGCAGUCAGGCUCUCUUGAAGCUCAAUUCCUUGAAUCCGAGGCAGACGUGGCUACUUCUAAACAGUUGGUGGAUAAUUUAAGCUUGCAUUUUCCCUUCAGUUGUUAUUCUGGAAACGAUAGACAUCCGUUGCUCUCAAAGCGUAAGAAUGCAUUACUGUGGCUUAGUGUGGCUGUUUUGCUGUGCUCUGCCCGAGAGAGCUGCUUUCACUUUGUUAAUGGUGGUGGUAUGAAGAAGCUUAGUCUUGCUUUUAAUCAUGACAUAGAGAACUCACUCUCUCUUAGAUUAUUGCUGCUUGGGGUUGUUGAACAAGCCACCAGACAUUCAAUUGGCUGUGAAGGAUUUCUUGGCUGGUGGCCUCGGGAAGAUGAAAGCAUCCCUUCGGGUACUAGUGAAGGUUACAAUCAGUUAUUGAGGUUGUUAUUGCAGAGUCAACGGCAUGAUGUGGCUUCUCUUACGGCAUACAUACUUAACCGGCUACAUUUUUAUGAGGUUGCCUCAAGAUAUGAGUGGGCUAUUAUAUCUACACUUGGAGGGCUUUCUGCAGUUGGACACGUUACAAAUGUGAUGCUAGACACACUUUCUAAUGCUAAAAUCCAGCUCAAAAAACUAUUUAAUUUAAUUACUUCAAGUGGCCCAAUUGACGAUCCUUCUCCGGUGGCUCAUGCAAGUAGCAGCUUGAUUCUUGGUGAUGGACCAUUGUCAUAUAAAGCGACAAGCGCCUUGAUUAAUAAGUCAUAUUCUUCUUUUUCGAAGUGUGAUAUUGAUUCGCAUUUGCUUCUGCUCCUUAAGGAGAGAGGCUUCCUCCCUUUGUCUGCGGCUUUUCUUUCUUGUUCUGCAUUGCGUUCUACGGCAGGUCAUGUUUCAAACCUUUUUAUGGACAUUGUAUCAUACAUAGAGGCCAUCAUCCUCUCACUUCUCUCCAGUCGCUCAGGAUUGACUUUUCUUCUAUCUGAUCCUGAAGUCUUAACUACAAUAAUUCGUGCCCUGAGGGGUGCUGAUGAUUGGAAUGUGGAAGAGUCUGCAUCUCGUCGCUAUGCAUCGAUCUUGAUGUCAAGGGGAUUUUUUUGUCAUCCACAAGAAGUUGGAGUUAUUGUUGAGACACAUUUGAAGGCGAUCAGCGCUAUAGAUCGUUUAAUCAGAUCAACGCCAAACACUGAAGAAUUCUUGUGGAUAUUGUGGGAGCUAUGCAGGCUAUCUAGGUCGGACUGUGGUCGUCAGGCUUUGUUGUCUUUGAUACAUUUUCCAGAGGCUCUUUCAGUACUAAAAGCUGCAUUGCAUUCUGUAAAGGAGUUGGAAGCUGUUUCCUUGAAUUCAGGUUCAUCAACAUCAAAUCUCGCAAUUUUUCAUGCUGCAGCUGAGAUAAUUGAAGUCAUGGUUACUGAUUCUAGUGCAUCUACACUGGGUUCAUGGAUUGACCAUGCUAAUGAACUUCAUAGGAUGUUAAAUUCCUCUUCACCUGGGUCGAAUAGAAAAGAUGCUCCUGCUAGGCUCUUAGAAUGGAUAGAUGCUGGUGUAGUUUACCAUAGAAACGGAGCUAUUGGCCUUCUACGCUAUGCUGCGCUCUUGGCUUCUGGAAGUGAUGCACAUAUGGCCUCAACUAGCGUUCUUGCUUCUGAUAUGAUGGAUGCAGAUAAUGUUGUGGGAGAUGUAUCCGUUGGCUCUGAUGGCAGUGUCAUUGAUAGUCUACUGGGAAAACGCAUUACGGAGAAGGACUUUCCGGGUGUUAUUCUCCGCGAAGCUUCUAUCGUUCAACUGACUACGGCAUUUCGAAUUUUAGCAUUCAUUUCAGAUAAUUCUGCCGUCUCCGCUUCUCUUUAUGAUGAAGGUGCUGUUAUGGUUAUCCAUGCUGUUUUGAUCAACUGUAAAGUUAUGCUGGAGAGAUCGUCUAAUAUCUACGAUUACCUUGUUGAUGAGGGUACUGAAUGUAAUGCGACGUCAGAUGUAUUUCUAGAGCGCAACCGUGAAAGAAGCAUCAGUGAUCUUUUGGUUCCUUCUUUGGUGCUGCUGCUUAAUUUGUUACAGAAAUUACAGGAAGCGAAGGAGCAGCAUCGAAACACAAAAUUAGUCACUGCACUUCUACAACUGCAUCGAGAAUUGAGUCCAAGACUUGCCGCAUGUCCAUUUGACCUGUCUUAUCCUCAAAUGGAAGCUCUUGGCUUUGGAGCUGUUUGCCAUCUUAUUGUGUCAGCUUUAGCUUGUUGGCCAAUUUAUGGCUGGAAACCUGACCUCUUCGAGUUUCUACUUGAUAAUCUGCAUGCAGCUUCACAUCUGACGCUUGGUCCAAAGGAAAUUUACAGCCUAUUUUCCUUAUUGAAUGACCUAUUUCCAAAUGAAAAUGUCCACCUUUGGAAGAGUGGACUCCCAAUGUUGAGUAUCGUGCGAGAAUUUGCUGUUGGAACAUUUCUGGGGCCCCGUAAGGAGAAGCAGAUAAAUUGGUACUUGCAGACUGGCCGUCGUGAAAAGCUCCUCCAUCAACUGAUUCCUCAGCUGCAGAAAGUUGCGGAGAUUAUUCUGCACUGUGCUGUCAGUACACUAGUUGUUGUUCAAGACAUGAUACGGGUCUUUGUUGUUCGUGUUGCCUGCUACAACAUUGAUAAUGCUUCAGUUCUCUUGCGGCCUGUAAUAAAGUGGAUCUCUAAGCAUUUAUCUGAUUGCGAUUCAUAUAAGGUUUACCAAUUGCUUGAUUUUCUCUCUCUUCUGUUGGAGCAUCCACAUGCUAAGCCACUGGUUUUGAGAGUAGGUGGAAUCGAGAUGUUUAUCAAAGUGCUUAAGAGGUGCGAUGAAGUUAUCUCAGCACAUGCCAUGCAGAUUCCGGAAAAUAUACAAAUGGCCAAAUUUGGUAUUUCAGGUCCCUCUUGGUGCCUUCCUCUUUUCAAGUCAAUUUCAUUACUUUGUGAUUGUCGGACAUCUUCGCGCCCCGGGAUGCUUGUCAGGCAUUUGCCCGAAAAUUUGACUAGCGAUGAAUGUAAAGUGAUUCUUUUACAUCUCCUCAAAUUGUUCAAGGUCUUGCCAAUUGGAAAGGAGAUGCUUGCCUGUUUAUCUGCUUUCAAAGAAUUGGGUUCCUCCACUGAGGGGAGAUCUGCUUUGUUGUCAAUUUUUCUGAAAGUUCAGUCCUCGCUUGGUGAGAAUUUUGAAGUUGAGGGCAGACAUGGAGAUGAUGAAGAUCUCAAGAUUGUGAAUGCCCAUGAAUGGAGGGCUCAUCCACCUUUGCAAGAAUGUUUGAGUAGGCUCCUAAUGUCAAUUGUUUCAAAGGAUGUUUCACCAGAAUAUGCUGUUCAGGCCAUUGGUCAGUUGUCUAAGGGAGCUUUACUUUUCUGUAUGGAUCAAGAAAGCCUUAUUUUGGAGAGAGUAACUGCGAUAAAGUAUCUUUUUGGAGUUAUGGAGGAUGGAAGUGGCAUAGAUGCCUUUCUUGAUAACAGCGUGAAGUCUUUGCCAGAUCUUACCGAAUUCCUUGGACCUAAGGUGAUGAAAUGUAUCAGCUCAUUAUUGCUUUUGUUGCAAAAGCCUUUUGAUACCAUUAAAGCUGAUGAUGUCGACAUAAGCACUUGUCUUUCUUCGAAGGUUUCAUCUAGAGUACAUAAAAUUGUUGAUGGCUCUGCCGAAAGAAUGGAGGAUCACGACUUGAGUGAAUUUGGAGAUAAAUUCGCAUGGGAUUUUCCUGAAAAUUUACGUGAUAGAUUGACAGAGACAGGCCAAAUUACUAAGCGUAAGAUGUCCUCACUGGAUGGGACUAGUAAGCGGGCCAGAGUAGAAAAUGCCUCGGUAGAAACUAUUACUCAGAGUACCUUCUCACGGAGCUCUUUGCCCCCUGCUACUUCAGUGCCUACUCGAAGGGAUACAUUCCGACUGCGCAAACCAAACACCAGCCGACCUCCUUCUAUGCAUGUUGAUGAUUAUGUUGCAAGGGAGAACAAUCCCAAUGUAAUUGCUGUGCAACGCAUAGGACCUUCCAGUGGUAGACCUCCAUCUAUUCAUGUUGAUGAAUUUAUGGCUAGACAGCGUGACCGGCAGAAUCCAGUGGGGAUGACACUUGCUGAUGUAACUGGAAAAGCAAAAUCAACAGCUCCAGAAAGCAACACAACUCCAGAGAAGUCCAGUAAAUCCAGACAGCUGAAACCCGAACUUGAUGAUGAUAUAGAUAUAGUUUUUGACGCAGAGGAGUUUGAAUCAGACGAUAAGUUGCCGUUUCCUCAGCAUGAUGAUAAUAUGCCACAGGUUGCGCCUGUUGUGGUUGAUCAAAAUUCGCCUCAUUCAAUUGUUGAAGAAACAGAGAGUGAUGCUAAUGACAGUAAUCGAAUUUCACAACAAACGGCACCAGUGACGUCAACCAUGGAUGAAAACACUACCAGUGAAUUUUCCUCAAGGAUGUCAGUUUCCCGUCCAGAUGCGUCAUUGACUCGAGAACAAAGCAUUUCGUCUGAUAAGAAGUUCCCGGAUCCGUCUGAUGACCCAAAGAACUUUGUCAUCAAGUCUUCUAGUGGCCUUGACUCGACUCUGCCUACUGGAAUUCCUGCUUCCUCAACAAGGGGUAACAAUGCAUCUUCGCAGUUGCCUAUUGACCCUAGGACAACAAAUAAUUCAUACACGAAAGUGGGAGCACCACAACCUGGCGGUUCACCUUCAGCCUUUGGUUCAAAAGGGUUUUAUGAAAAGAAAGUUCAGUUAAAUCAGCCACCUUUACCUCCAUUGCCACAGCAGUCAACAAUUUCUCCUCCAUUGUCUCGAAAUAUGGAUCAUUCUCCUUAUGUUAACCCGAUGACUGAUGUCCAGCCCCAUCUGCCUCCGGGAUUUCAUGGUCAGUCAGAGUUCCACUCUACGUACAGAAAUAAUCAGCCCAACAUUUCUUCUCCAGGUGGAUCCACUAGACUUGCUCCCCCUCUCCCUCCUACACCACCACCUUAUUCGAUGAACUCGUCUACAUUAUCCUCAUCGAAAUCUAAGCCUUCCCAUACUUCUGUGUACAACCAGUCUGUUACAACUUCAAGUGAUGCUCGAUUAAGCAAUAUUGCAUCUGCUUCUUAUGGCCCAGUUUAUAGACCUGUGUAUAGUUCGGCCCCUCAAAACUUUGAGAACUCACCUUACAUGUCGCAAAAUUCACCCAUGCCUUUGCCGUCUGUUCAAGUUGUUCCAUCUUUCCCUCUGGUACAACUGCAGCCACCUCAGCAUCCACUGUCCACACCACAGAGUAUUAGGCCCCGAGUUCCAAUUUCCCCACAAACAGAACAAGUUGGGUCUUCCUUGCAAAUGCCGGUUCAAUUGCCGCACCAAGUAUCUGUACCUCACAUGUAUCAUCAGACACCGGAGACUGGUAAUGUAAUGCAACCACAACAUCAGGAACAGAUUCGACCACAACAACUGCAACCGCAACCGCAAGGUGAUGGUACAUCCCAGCAACAAGAUGCUGGAAUGAUCUUUCAAGAGAUUUUUAGGUCCCCUGAAGCUAUUCAGGCUCUAUUAAGUGAUCGUGAAAAACUGACCCUACUUCUGGAACAACAUCCGAAGUUAAUGGAGAUGCUUCAGCGGUCUGCGGAUACGGUAGACAUUAUAGAGGCAUUUCUUUUAGGCUGUGCAAACAUGGUGAUAACUGCAAAAGCUGUUGGUCUGGCGUUUGACAUAGGGGAAUUUCUUCCGCUAAUGUUCUGUACAACAAAACUGGUGAAGAGGAAAGCAGGCCUCUUCCACCCUAUGCAUGUGGAAUCCAUGGAAAGGGGAUGGAAACCCCACGUUGAGAUUUCACCAACCUGCCCUCGAUGUGGUUCCUCCAACACCAAGUUUUGUUAUUACAACAAUUAUAGCUUGACACAACCUAGGUAUUUUUGCAAAGGUUGCCGAAGAUAUUGGACUAAAGGUGGUUCCCUCCGCAAUGUCCCCGUGGGCGGUGGUUGUCGCAAGACCCGGCGAGGUGCGACUAAACAUAAUUUCCGCACCAUCCCUCCUCCUCCUCAAAGGGGUGUUUCCGGUGGUGGGGCAGCGGCAGCGAUGGCCGCGGCCGCUUUAGGCCUGAGUGGGAUGAACAACACCACCCCAACGACAUUAUCUCCCCCUUCCAAUGGCUGUUCCUCAUUGACAACAGCUGAUCAUCAUCAUCAUCAGGCCCCCGGUUCAAAUCACAUUGAUCUUGCUUUGGUUUAUGCCAAUUUCUUGAAUCAGAAACCAGGGCCUAAUGAUGAUGAUCAUCAUCAGGUUGCAGUUGAUCAGGCUCAGGAUUAUUCCUCUCAUUGCCAUCGCCAACAUCAUCCUCAAAUUGAGAUCCCAAUGUUGCCCCCCAUGUCCUUUCAAUUUCCAACUCCAUUACCUCAAGAAAAUGGUACUACUGGAUUUGUUGUGGAUCACCAAUGUAGGCCUCUUUCUUUUCAGUCUCCCGCAGAGACACAUUUUACUAGUAAUGAUGGAUUUUGCUUUUCUGGGUUUGAAUCCAUUGGGAAGCAGACUGAUUAUAGUCAGUUUAUCAGUAGCAAUACUAUGGAAAAUAAUCAUCAGACAAGCAUUAAUUAUGGUCUAUUGCCACCAUUGCCUGGUGAAGAGCUGAAUCGCAUUAAUCCAGUUGUGUCUGAAGGAUUGGUAUGGUCAACGAGUUCCAAUGACUUGAUUUUCCCGACCCAAACAAUGCAUCCAAAUCAACAACAAUUGUCAUCAGCAGGGUUUGAAGAACAGCCAUUAUUACCCCCACAUUCAUCAUCAACAACAACAGCAGCAGAACCACCAAAGCAGCAGUUGGAUGAAAAUGUAAGCCAAGUGAUCAAUGCGCCAAUUGAGUUAUGCAAUGUUUUGAGGCCUUGA